AAUUAUCAUUGGUCAAGAUGUGACGGAUCAAGAGAUGAUUCCCUCUAAGCUUGAUCUGGGUGGUUCCUUUGUAUUCGUCUCAAUUUAAUUUAUAUGGCCGCUCCUCUUUUUUAAUUCGAUCCUUCUUUUGAUUGUCCCCCUGUAUAAAAGCACUGCCAUCUAAAAAAAGAAGUUGAUUUUUUCCUCCCUCCUUUUUCUUUGGUUACAUUAUUCUUUUCACAAAAAAUGGCAACACAAAGAAAGUCUGUUGUUGACCCGGUCAAGCCCAACAUUGAUGAGGCCAUCGAAAGAAAUUGGGAAAUUCCUACCUUUACUAUCAAGGAAAUUCGUGAUGCUAUCCCUGCUCACUGUUUCCGUCGUGAUACCUUCAAAUCAUUCACCUACGUCCUUCACGAUGCUGUCUUUGUCAGUGCUUUAGCUCUUAUGGCUUCAUACAUUGAUACUAUUCCCAACAUUUACGCUCGUGUUGCCUUAUGGCCUUUAUAUUGGAUCGCUCAAAGUAUCGUCGGUUUCGGUGUCUGGAUCAUUGGUCAUGAAUGUGGUCACCAAGCUUUCAGUCCUUCAAAGGCUAUCAACAACGGUGUAGGAUUCGUACUUCAUACUGCUCUUUUAACUCCUUAUCAUUCAUGGAAAUUAUCUCACUCUAAGCAUCACAAAAGCAACGGACACAUGGUUAAAGAUCAAGUUCAUAUUCCCGCUUUACGUUCAAAGUCUGGUUUGCCUCCCCGCGAUCAAGAUCCUCAAGCUGAUGGACCUCACGAUAUGUUCCAUGAAAGUCCUAUUAUGACUCUCUACGGUUUGUUUGAAAUGUUAGUAUUUGGAUGGCCUGCCUAUCUUAUCAAGCACACUACCGGUCAAGAAUAUCCCGGUGGAGCUAGUCAUUUCAAUCCUAACUGUGGUAUUUUCGAAGCAAGUCAAUAUUGGGAUGUUGUUUCUUCAGUGAUCGGUAUUGGUGCCAUGAUCAGUCUUUUAGCUUAUUGUGGACAAGUUUUCGGUUCUAUUGCUGUUAUCAAGUACUACGUUAUUCCUUACUUGGGUGUUAACUUUUGGCUUGUCUUGAUCACUUACUUGCAACACACUGACCCUAAAGUCCCCCAUUACCGUGACAACGUUUGGAACUUCCAACGUGGUGCUGCUCUUACUGUCGAUCGUUCUUUCGGUUUCCUUAUCAACCAUUUCCAUCAUCAUAUCGCCGAUACUCAUGUCGCUCAUCAUUUCUUCUCAACUAUGCCUCAUUAUCAUGCUGAGGAAGCAACUGUUCAUAUUAAGAAGGCUCUUGGUAAGCACUAUCAAAGCGAUGAUACCCCUAUUGCUAUUGCAUUAUGGAACUGUUGGAAGGCUUGUCGUUUCGUCGAAGAUGAUGGUGAUGUUGUCUUUUACAAGAAUUAGAUUAUCUUUUUUAUAAAAAGGGGAUGUGGGCCACCCCUUACCAAAAGGCCCUAUUGUAAUAUUAUCAUUUAGCUUUCAUUUUACUUCGUAUCAAUCCUCUUUUUUUUACCUAUAAAAAGCAUUCAUUUUUUUAAACAUCCACAAA